AGCAGCCACAUUUCAACCGAACAAACUGCGGUUCAGAGCGACCUUAGCACGGAUAGAUCUCGCAUCGCAGAAGGCGACGACGGAAAAGAAGCACCCUCGAGUAGCAUACACCUGAUCAUCAGUUGAACCGGUACCGGACACAGCAAACAACACAGCCGCAACAUGUUUUCUGCCCUGAUUGAUGCUGCCCGUAACUCGCCCUUCAAGAGCCCAUUCACCAAGGCGCAGUGCGAUGCCGGUACCGUGUCCCCGGUACGUGGCCGCUCGAUUGCGGCCGCUUCUAGCGAUGAGGUCGAAUUUGGUUCGACCAAAUUCUUCCUGCUGUGUGGCCUCGGCGGCAUCAUUUCUUGCGGUUCCACGCACACCUUUGUCGUACCGCUCGAUCUGGUCAAGUGCCGUCUACAGGUGGACCAGGCCAAGUACAAGAAUGUGUUCCACGGAUUCAAGCUGACGCUGGCCGAGGACGGUUCCCGUGGUCUGGUGAAAGGAUGGGCUCCGACAUUCUUCGGCUACUCGGCACAGGGUGCCUUCAAGUUCGGACUGUAUGAGGUGUUCAAGGUGCAGUACGCCAACAUGCUGGGUGAAGAGAAUGCCUACUUGUAUCGCACCUGGCUGUACUUGGGCGCCUCAGCAUCGGCCGAGUUCUUCGCUGACAUGGCUCUGUCUCCGUUUGAAGCCGCCAAGGUGAAGAUCCAGACCAUGCCAGGCUUUGCCAACACGAUGCGUGAAGCCAUGCCGAAAAUGAUCAGUGAAGAGGGCAUUAUGGCUUUCUACAAGGGCUUGGUUCCGUUGUGGUGCCGUCAGAUCCCAUACACGAUGAUGAAGUUCGCCUGCUUUGAAAAGACCGUCGAACUGCUCUAUGCCUAUGUCGUUCCGAAGCCACGUGACCAGUGCUCGAAGGGUGAACAGCUGGUGGUGACGUUCGCCGCCGGUUACAUUGCUGGUGUGUUCUGCGCCAUCGUGUCUCAUCCGGCCGAUGUGGUCGUGUCCAAGCUGAACCAGGCCAAGGGAUCGUCCGCCUUCGACGUCGCGAAGCAGCUCGGCUUCAUGGGCAUGUGGAAUGGUCUGAUGCCUCGUAUCAUUAUGAUCGGUACCCUGACCGCCCUGCAGUGGUUCAUCUAUGACGGUGUGAAGGUCGCUCUGUCCAUCCCCCGCCCACCUCCGCCAGAGAUGCCGGAGUCGCUGAAGAAGAAGCUGGGUGUGCAGUAAAACCUCCCACCAUCAAUUCCUGUUCAGUCCAUUUCCUCUGUCCUUCAUUAUCCGUAUGUAAUAUCUUUUGUUAGGGACGAUUUUUCUUUCCUCCAACCGAACAACACAAUUGCAACGGUGCAUUAGAUGCCAGUAAUUUUAAGAAAGUCAACUCCGCUGUACACUAAAUGCUGCUACCUGUCUGUCUGUCGACGCUAAUCGGUAGUUCGCUAAUCGAACAGUGAAAUGGCAUCUUAAUUUCCAGUAUUGCAUCGUGUGCAAAUAGGAAUUCAAAGGCAUGAUAUGCGCGUGAUACCACAGCCACCAGGUCGUAACACGUUUGGGUUACAAGAAAAUCCGUAACAUAAACCAUACCAAAGGCGUUAAAUAAAGUAAAACUUAGAGGUAAAACUGGUACA